AUGCAAAUGGUCGAUAGAGAUUUCAACAAUCGAUUCGGAAGAGAAGAACGCUCUUACAACACAAUUUAUGAGGGAUAUUUUUACGUCGUUCUUAUUCUCGUUUCUUUCGCAUGGUCCUUUACGAUCGGCCUUAUGCGAGGCUACGGAGUCUUCGUCAGUGCCUGGAUGCCCUACUUUGGUGUUUCGAUGAACACUGCUGCCUACAUCUUCUUCUUCAGCACGAUCGGAUCCUGUAUCAACAGUUUGCUUGCUCCGAUAAUUUUGGUCAUCUUGGGAACGCGAAGAAUGAUGCUCCUCGGUGCGAUUGGCCUUUCUUUAUCACAAGCUGCUGUUGCUUUUUCGAGGAAUCUUCUGGAGGCGCAUAUUCUGUUGGGCGUCGCUGGAGGCUUUUUCUUUAAUAUGUUCGUUUAUACUUCGAAUAUUGUUUUCCAGGGCUGGAUGAAUAAAAAGCGCGUCUUCGGCAACGGAAUCGUUUACUGUGGCGUCCCACUAGGCGGCUUCAUUCUCAACCCUUUGUGGACCUAUCUCUUUGAAACUUAUACCUGGAGAAGUACGUGUCUUAUUCAAGCAGGAAUUAGUCUCAAUCUUCUGUGGAUUUCGUUGAUGCUCAUCGAAUGUCCUUCCUGUCCAGUCAACACAAAAAAAGCUCCAUUUUCCUGGAGUCUUUUGAAAUCGCCAGCGGUUAUUUUAUUCGGCCUCGCCCAACUGCUCUUUUGGACAUGUUACUCGUCAACUACUCUUUUGUAUCCGUACUUAACGGAGAAGGGAUAUUCAUACUCUUUUGCCGCCGAAGUAGCCCUCGUUCAAUCAAUCUCAGAAGUGAUCUUCCGCCCAAUCCUUUCGACCGCUCUGAACAAGAAGAGCGGCCUCAAAUUCGAACUCAUGACUUUCGCUACAAUCAUCACUGCCGUUUCCUUGGGCCUCACGCCGCUUGCGAGUACUACAAGAGUAUUGCUUGCUAUUGCCGUUGCUCAAGGAUUUUCUUUUGCUUUCGUUGGUGGGCUACCAACAUGUAUCAUUGUGGAUUUGGCUGGAUAUGAACGACUUCCGACCGCUUUCAUGAUCUACGCAUUUUUAAUCGACUCGUCUUUUAUGGUCGGGCCGGCUCUCUACACCUAUCUCCAGGAAAUUCUCUUCUCACAGGCGUUGUUUUAUGCGGCUGCUUGCGUUGGACUAAGCUCACUUAUCUUCCAUCUUCUCAGUCAAAAAUUUUCGAAUUUGUGA